AUGGGCAAUCGUGGACUGCCUGGAAGCAAGUACUCCUUGCAUCCCACUGUCAUUGACCAGUGUCUUCAGUUAAUGGGAGUUGCCGGUGCUCGAGGUCUCCUAAGGAAUCUCACCACGAUCUAUGUCCCAGCAGCAAUAGAUUACAUGUCCGUCAAGCCAGGGGGUCCAAGCCUGCUGGCCACUGCCCAAACACAGCUCAGUGUCCGAGAUGGUCAAUUGGGCAGCGCCAUUGCGAUGAUUGAUGAUCAGGCCAUUCUCAAUAUAGAGAAUGCUUACCUGUUCCCCCUCGACGGAGACCAGAUGGAAUCUGGAGGCGGACCAGCUGGCUUGGUAAGCCACGUUGAAUGGAAUUCCGAUAUUGAACUCGUGUCGCCAUCUUCACUGCUGUCUACACCUCAAACCUUUACUCGAAAUGCGGAAAGUGUGAGAGUACUGGGUCAGCUGUCUGAACUUUAUAUACUGGAGACAGCAGACCGGAUCCGAAGCGUUGAUCCAGCAUCAGUCCCUCUGACCAAAUGGAAAAAUUCCAUGCUGGUCGAGGCCUCCGACAUCAAGACAAAGGUCCACAAUAAAAUCUACCCAAAUGCAAGCGAAUGGGCAUACCUAAACUCGGACAAGCGGCAAUCGCUAAUCAAAGAUAUUCUUGCUGAAGCCAAAUUUACCUUUGAUGCUCCAAUCGCGCAUUACAUGCAAAUUCUUUAUGAGAAUUGCGAGGAUUUCAUCUCCGGGAAAAGUGAUCCUCUAGACAUUCUUAUGCAAGACAACCUGCUACUCGAGUUCCAUGGCGCACAUACGCAAUACGCAGAUUGGACCCCUUUCCUGCCCUUAUUGGCCCAUUCAAUACCGGGUCUGCGCGUCCUUGAGAUUGGUGCCGGAACCGGCUCUGCGACAGCGAUGGCCCUGGAGCAUCUCAGAUCGAAGGACGGCUCUCGGAUGUAUGGGGAGUACUUCUUCACGGAUAUCUCCUCUGGCUUUAUGGCUGCGGCCAAGGAGCGAUUCCUUCAUGAGCACCGCAUAGAGUAUAGAGUCCUUGAUAUAAGCUUAGAUCCGAUGCAACAAGGCUUUGAAGCUCAUAGCUUUGACCUGGUCAUUGCCUCAAAUGUCAUACACGCAACCCCAAGCCUUCAGUCAUCACUACGCCAUGUUCACAGCCUUCUCAAGCCUACAGGCUGGUUCUUACUUCACGAAAUCUGUCCAGGCUGGUGGCUCGGUGAAGAGGAUGAUCGAAUAUACAAGCCUUGGGUGUCACCUGCCAGAUGGCAUCGGGAACUGCAAUCUGCAGGAUUUAGUGGAGCAGACGUCUCGGCCUUCGAUAUGAAACCACCAUUUAACAUCGCGGCGAGUUAUAUCUCACGCCCAGUGGAGCAGAUAUCGAUCGAUCGCGAGGUCUGGUUGCUUACACGAACUAAAAAUACCUCUGAGUGGGUAUAUGCCGUUGAGUUAGCGCUCAUCGAUAAAGGCUACAAGAUCAACAAGAACACACUGGAUGAGCCACCACCAAAAGGCAAAUUCAUAAUCUCUCUGCUUGAUUCCGAGUGCAGUCCUCUGCUCAAUUUCAGCGAGGAAACCUAUUCCUUGCUCCAGCAUUAUGUAGAGAAGGCAGAGGAGUGCCAAAUUCUCUGGAUUGCGGAGUCAACCUCUCUCAGUUGCUCGGAACCGUCUCAUGGCCUGGUCCAUGGAUUUGCCCGUACUCUGCGAACAGAGUUACUGCUUGAUAUCUCGGUCCUUGAAGUCCCUGUAUUCAAUUCUGACACUGCCAAGGCAGUGGCAGAUGUCUCAGAGAAGAUUCAAUUGUCCAGAGCAAGGUCUCUCCCGGAUCCGGAGUAUGAAUUCGCGUUCGAGGAUGGGGAGAUCAAAGUUGGCCGGUAUCACUGGACGCCGCUGAUGGAUGAGCUUGCCGGUCAACCUACUCAAAAUGCAGCCCGGAAACUCGAUCUCACGGUAUAUGGGCUGCUCGACACGCUUCAAUGGGCCGAAAAAGAAAGUACCGAGCUAGCUGCUGGAUUCAUAGAGGUCGAGAUGGAAUAUGUGGGGUUGAACUUCAAGGACAUGAUGGUUUCCAUGGGCUUUUUCGGAAGCAAGGAAGAUCUCGGUCUCGAGGGUAGUGGAAUCGUUCAUCGAAUUGGAUCCGAAGUGAAAGGGUUUGCCGUCGGUGAUCGUGUUGCACUUAUGCACACUGGAACGCUUGCAUCCAAGGUGACGGUGCCCCAAGACGCGUGCAUCCACCUUCCAGAGAAAUUGUCAAUGGCCGAUGCCGCCACAAUGCUAACCGCAUAUGUCACUGUGAUGUACUCCCUUCUAGAAGUAGGAUCUCUGAAGAAGGGUCAGUCUGUCCUCAUCCACUCUGCGUGUGGUGGUGUUGGUCUCGCCGCCGUUCAAGUAUGCCAGGCGGUUGGUGCCGAGAUCUAUGCUACCGUGGGAAACGAAACGAAAGUGAACUACCUGAUGGAGACAUACGGCUUGGCACGAGACCGCAUAUAUCACUCUCGCAACACGUCCUUCCAAACCGAUCUGAUGCAGGCAACUGCAGGCCGCGGCGUGGACAUUGUGCUUAAUUCACUGUCUGGUAAUCUUCUUCACGCCUCGUGGCAGUGCGUGGCCAAAUUCGGCAGAAUGAUCGAACUUGGCAAGAGAGACUUCAUCAGCCAUGGUGUUCUUGAUAUGAGCAUCUUUGAAUCUAACCGAUCGUUCAUCGGUGUUGAUCUUGCCCAAGUGGGUAGAGAAGCACCCCAGGUUCUCAAGAGCAUGUUAACAAUAUUUUCCGACUGGUAUCGUCGGGGUUCGAUCCAUCCUAUCCAUCCCGUGAAAGUAUUCGAAGCAGUCGACAUUGUCAGUGCAUUCCGGUAUAUGCAAGCCGGUACUCAUCUUGGUAAGAUUAUUAUUCGCCUACCCAUCAAUCUAGACGUUUUACCUCUACCGGUCAUCAAAAAGUUCCCAUCUUUCCGAGCAGAUGCAAGCUACUUGCUUGUCGGUGGGCUUGGUGGUAUCGGACGGUCGGUGUCAUCAUGGCUGGUUGAACGGGGUGCAAGGGAGGUUGUGUUCCUAUCCCGUUCAGCCGGUUCAUCGAAUAAUGAUCAAGCCUUCAUCAAGGAGCUUGAGACGCAGGGCUGCCACGUUAUCUGCGUGAAAGGCGAUGUCACAAGCAAAGAAGAUGUAGAGGAGGCGGUCGGAAGGCGAACUCGUCCCCUGGCUGGAGUGCUGCAAAUGGCAGUUGAUCUCAAGGAUCGGUUGUUCUUGCAAAUGAGUUUUGAAGAAUGGACGGCCGCACUUGCUCCAAAGCUUGACGGCACCUGGAAUCUGCACUGCGCCACGAUGCAGCACUCUCUUGACUUCUUUGUCGUGUUUGGAUCUGUCGCGGGUGUUUGUGGUAACACUGGACAGGCGAAUUACGCGUCCGCUACUACAUUCCUGGAGGCAUUCACACAAUACCGACGGCAAAGAGGGUUGCCUUGCUCUGUGUUGCACCUGGGAGUGGUUGGGGACGCGGGCGCUGCCAGCCGGAACGCUCGCUUCCUGCAGAGGAUACAGUCGAUCGGGCUACAUAUUCUAAAUGAACCCGAGGUUAUUGAUGGACUGGCAGCGGCCAUCAAUAUAUCACCUGCGAAUUCUGCCAGUGCCACAGGGGCGAUAGCUGUUGGGCUUUCUCACAAGAAACGUCGCGCCGAUCUAUCCAAGGAGAUAUUCCUGGGAGGCCGUGAUGCUCGAUUCGCCAUCUAUCCGAAUCUCGAGACAUCCAGUGGGGCGAUUGGUGGAGAUCAAUCGAGUCAAGUGAACGCACUGAAAGCUUUGCUGGGUGAGAUCCAGCGCGACCCCUCGCUGACAGGGAAAAGGGAGACAGAAAUCGCACUGAUCAAGGAACUCGGUCGCUUCGUGAGCCAAAAUCUCACAGGACAAACACAAGAAACAUCUCAGGACGGCGCUGAUGACUCCGGCUAUGCCGAUGCCAUGGCAGAAAUUGCCGUAGACUCCUUGAUGGCCAUAGAAGUGAGGAACUGGCUGCGCAGGUCGCUGGGUGUGGAGCUUCCCACGGUGGAGAUCAACCGAGCGGGUAACUUGGGGGGUUUGGUGAAGGUCGUUCUGAAGGGGCUGAGAGAGAAGUAUGACCAAGGCUCUAGUGUGGACGCUGCUGCUGGCGAGCAGUCAUCUGGAUAG